CGCGUGCCCGAUUUUCUGACACCGGAAAGUUGCUAAUACAAUUUUAAAUCCGUGUUCCAUUUUUUUUUUAAAACGGAGGUAUAACUCACAUACUGGCAGUUAUCAGUUUCUGUAUUAAGCUGUCAGCCGAGAGUAACGUUCCCAUAAACAUGGGCCACAUAAACAUAUUGUUAUGUGUUCUUCUUGCCAUAACUACUGCUCAUGCGCAAACUGAGACGGAGCCGCCGACGACAGGGACGACAAAAGCGCCAUCUACCACCACGGUGGUGACCUCCACGUCCACCAUAGCUUGGGAGGAGACUCUGAACGAGGGGCAGGCGAUACAGAAAGCGUUGCAGUAUUUGCUACAGCAACGACAGCCGGACUGGGGGUGGGGGAAUGAUACGCACCACGUGAUGCUUACUUUGCAGCUGGCCAACAACACCGGCAAGGAAAUUGAGCAGCAGGGUCUGGAAAUGCAGCUGUCCGCCAAGCAAAUGGAGAUCGAGAUUCUACUGAUGAUAUCCAAACAUCACGAAUCACCACCACCACUUGGCCGUUUAGCCGCCUACACCCUCGCCCUGGGCGCCCUCUGCAAGGACCCUCGCUGCUUCCACGGCCGAGACCUGGUCACCGCGUUACUCCACAGGGAACCCCCUCACGACUUGGAGUUCGCUUACGCUACCCUCGCCGCCUGUUCUUCCGCGGCUCACGUUAGAAGACGCCACAUUAGGAGACUUUUGGAUAUCGCCAACGCAGCUGCUGAUCAUAGUCUUGACACCAUAUCAAUGGUGAUCUUGGCGCUCCGCUGCGUGGUACAGGACCACCGUCACCGCAGUCUCAUCCACUUCGUCCGCCGCCCCAUGGCUGGGCUCGCUCGGCAGCAGCACCCUGAUGGCAGCUUCGGCAGUCUCACCACCACCGCCCUGGCUAUACAGGCGCUAGAAGACUCUGACAGCGGUCCAGGGGCACAUCAACACUGGAGUCUCCCGGCGGCAAGAAAAUGGCUGCUAGAAAGGCAGAACCCAGACGGGGGGUGGGGAGACGUGUCCAAAACUGCUGCAGCAGUGGCAGCUCUUACUCCUGCGUCUUUGGCUGCUGUGAGACCGCCUCAUUGCAGCGAUAAGCUUCUUGAGAGUCGCCAUGAGCCUUUAGACAGCAACGGUGGAGACGGCAGUCUGAAGUUGGCCUAUCACCAAUCACACACUAGCAAUGACUCGGACGCGCGCAAUGUUUCUUUCACCUACACUUUAUGGCUCGGCACCAAUGUCACUGAAAACUUCACCCUUCAUAUGGUAGCUCCUCGCAACGUCUCAUUCUACCACGUGAUGCAAAUGGCGGCGGAACAGAACCCUAAAUUCAAAUUCGAAGCUAGCGAAUGGCCGAACGGGCAUUACGUCCACACUCUGGCUGGACAUAAGGAAGAACCCAUGGGAUAUCACUACUGGCUGCUGUACCGCCUUCCAGAAAUACCAGACCCUCUCAGCCCACCAGGAAAUCAGUUGGUCGCCCCUGUUGGUGUCGACGAUCUCCUGGUAGAAGACGGGGAACACUACCUUUUCUGGUACAAGAAGUUGUAAGCUUCCAGAGCCUUCAAUCAAACUCCUUAUUUCUUCCUCUCCAGUGAUCAUUAGAUAGACCUUCAGAAUAGUAGGACUAUUUUAAGUUAGGUACCUUAGUAAACUUAAGAUGAAAUUAAUUAUAGAACAUGAGCAAUGACUACGUCGGUAGUACUGAAACCUGUUUGUUUUUUUUCUGUGGUUGGUUAUUAAAAUUAAUUUAAAAAAAGUAGUUCAUUCAAAAGUUUCAAAUUUUGAAAAAGGAAAUUGGCAUAGAAUGGAUACAACUGGUGCAGUCUUAUUUAAUAACCCGUCAUAGUUUUUUUUUUUCUUUAAGUUAAAUUUUGUAAUAGAAAUCUCAGACUAAGGACUUAUAUGUUCGUCUAGGAGUGAUAUUAAUCAGAAAUUGCUUUAUAACCUAUUUCUUCAUUAAUGUGAACGUUGUAUAUCAUCAUAUCAUUAAUAUUUCUUAGGCCAAUGAGUAUGAGAAUAGAGGGAAAACCAAAGAUUAUUUUGCUGAUUUGUGUUGACAUUUCCCAAAACAUUUUUGUAAAUAAUAAAAAUUUUGUAAAAUGGCAUUUGGGACGGAUUUAAAAAUAACAUCUACCAAUAAGAAAAAGAUUAUUUUGCAGAAUUGGAAUCUUCUGAUAUAAUUCAAUCGCCACUGUGUUUUCUAAUGUACCAUAUGUGUCAUUUUACACUCCUGAUUUGAUUAAGUAAUACUAGUUCUUACUUACUUAAACUUGACAAGUGCAAUAAUGCUUUAACUGUAAACUAUACUCAAAUAUUGUUAUUUUUAUCGUAUCAUUACAAUAAAAUACCUGUUGCUCUAU